ACAGAGAGAGAGAGAGGUGAUGGACACGACGGAUGAGAACUGCAGUCCAGUCAUCGUGACGAACGGCGCUUAUCCGGUACGCUGCACUGAGGAAGUACUUCUCCCUUUCUUCACAGAUGAGAGUCUGCAGGCCGCUAUGGACUCACAGCACCUUCCUGCCUCCCACGGCGCCCCUCCGGUGCUCUCAGAGCUCAGGCUGGUCCUCCUGGGCAGGAAAGGAGUAGGGAAGAGCGCAGCGGGCAACACCAUCCUGGGAGUAGCAGGAGGCUUCGAGAGUGGGAAGCCCACGGAGGAGUGUGUGAAGAGGCGAGCCGAUGUGGCGGGGAGGAAAAUCACGGUGGUGGACACUCCGGGGUGGGAGUGGUACUACCCGCUCAACAGCACCCCCAACUGGGUGAGGAGGGAGACUUUACGGAGCGUGUCUCUGUGCCCGUCAGGACCCCACGCCGUGCUCCUGGUGGGGCGAUCCUGCGCCUCGGUAACUGAGGACUACAUCAGGGAGAUAGAGGAGCACCUGGAGCCGCUGGGGAAAGGAGUUUGGGAGCAUGUCAUGUUGCUGUUCACCAGAGGAGACGAACUAGGCCUGGGCUCCAUGGAGCAGCGGAUCCUGACCAGCGGCCCGGCGCUCCAGAGGCUCCUCCAGAAGUGCGGGAACAGAUACCACGUCGUGAAUAACCUCAGCAAAGGAGACGAGGCGCAGGUUAAAGAGCUGAUAAGGAAGCUGGAGGAGAUGGUGGCGGGGAAGAAAAGCAGGAGCGGUCACUUUGAGAUGGAUAAUACGGUGCUGGUGGGUCUGGAUGCAGACGGGAAGAGGAGAGCGAGGGAGAGGAGGAAGAAGCAGAGGCAGAUGGAGGCGCAGCUGCAGAGAGGGACCAUCAAAGCUGCUCUGAUGAGAGAUGAUCUUCAGGGCUCGGAGCUCGACGCCCACCAGUCGUUCUCCAAAGCUCCCCAUCGUUUACACGAGGUCAGACUGGUUCUCCUGGGCGAGCGAGAAACUGGAAAGAGCUCUGCCGGGAACACCAUACUGGGCAAGACGGGCUUCUUCCAGUCCGGGGCGGUAACAGAGGAGUGCAUCCGGCAGCAGGCGGAGGUGGCCACGCGGCUGGUGACGGUGGUGGACACUCCGGGCUGGGAGGGAGGCGUCGCCGGCGCCACACCGGAGAGGGUGAAGAGGGAGAUUGUCAGUAGUGUGGCCUUGUGUCCUCCGGGGCCCCACGCGCUCCUGCUGACUCUGAGGGUGGAUACACUGGUGAGGGUUGGACAUGUGAGGGAACAUCUGGAGCUUCUGGGCGAGGGGGUCUGGAGACACACGAUAUUGCUGUUCACACACGGGGAUCAGCUCCGGGAGGGGGUGGACAUCGAGCAGCACAUCCAGAGCGGAGGCAGGGACCUCCAGUGGCUGCUGGAGAAGUGCAGGGGCAGGUACCACGUCAUCAGCAGCGCGGAGGGAAGUGGAGGUUCUAGUAAAGUGACAGAGCUCCUGCAGAAGGUGGAAAAGAUGGCGGCAACGAACAGGUGCGAGGCUUUCUCCGGCCUGGUUCAGGAAGUGAGAGAUCUGAGCCGGCAGAGGAACGAGAAGUUCAACCAGCGCCUGAAGGAGAUGGGAGAUAAAAUGUCACGUCAGGAGGACGAGUUGAAAAACAUGAGGGAGAGGGAGAUGAAAAGAAUCAGGUGGUUUUUCGACAGGAAGAAAAAGGUGAAAUCGCCCGGGAAGGCAGACGUUCAAAGGGAAGAAGAGGAGGAAGAGGACAGGAGGAUGGACGAGAGAAAGAAUGAUAUUGGGGAGCUGGAGGACAGGAUGCGAUGGCUGACAGAGGAUAAAGAGAGAGAAAUUCAGGAUCUGAGCAUAGAAAACGAGAGAAUCCGCGUGGCUUUAAACCAGAGCAGAAGAGAAAAGGACGAGGCAACGCUCAACCUGGAGCGAAGAGAGAGAGAGAUCGAGGAGCUGAAAGAGAGAAUUGACGAGCAGCAACUGAAGCUGCUCGACCUUGAGCGUGCCAGCGUGGAGAACGAACACAAGAGAAAACAGAGGGAGGACACCAUUAAAGCGAAGGAACAAGAGUGGAUGAGUGAGGUUAAGAAACUGGAAGAAAACAUAGAGCUGCAGAAGAAAGAGAUAGCCGAGUGGAUGGAAGAAGUUGAGUCUUUAAAAGCAGAAAUGGAAGAGAAUAAAAGACACCAUGAAGAUGUUCUAGGGAGUAAAGAACAAGAAAAAGACAGGGAGAUGGCCGAGAUGGAAGAAAAACUAAAGCAAGAGAUGGAAAUCAAACUGCUUGAGAAAGACAAAGAGCGGGAAGAAAUGAGGCUGAAGGCCACAAAGGAAGAGCAGGCAACUCUCGAUAACAUAAAGAAAUGUGAAAAAAUGAUGGAGAUGAAAGUUGAAGAAAUUAAAUCACAACACAAGAAAGAGAUAGAGAGGAAAAUGCACGAGAAAGAGACAGAGAUACAAGGCGUAAAACUGCAGAAUCAGGAAGAGACGGAGAGAAAAAUUAGUGAAAUAGAAAAAAUGAUGGAGACAAUGAAAGUUCAUCAUCAAAAAGAAGUUAGUCAGAAGUUGAGAGAUGCAGAAAGGGUCAAACAACAGCAUGACAAUGAAAUAAAAGAAAAACAAAGACAGAUUGCAGAGCUGGAAGAGCAGUUUGCAAAAGAAAGAGAAGAACAAAAACAAGCAAAAAAGAGAGAGAUAGCAGAGUUAGAGCAAAGGUAUCUUGUCCAAAUAAAAGAGAAGGAAACAAAUGAUAUUAACUACAAAAAAGAAAUGGCAGAGAGGAUCCAAGAGAAAGAAAAAGAGGUAGAAGUGUUAAAAGGGCAGCAUCAGGAAGAACUGUCAGGAAAAAUGAACGAAAUGGAAAAACUAAUGGAAGCGAGGAGAGCUGAACACGAGAAGGAAAUAGACAGAAAAGUGAAAGAGAAGGAGGAAAUGGUCCAAAAGCAGUACGGUGAUAAAAUAAGGGAUGUGGAGGAGGAAAGACAAAGAGAGAUCAAAGAGCUGAAAGUACAGUUUGCAGAAAAAAUUGAGGAACAAUUGCAGGAAAGACAAAGACAGAUAAGAGAGUUAGAGCAACAGCAUUUCGCCCAAACAGAAGACGCGGUGCUAGAAAAUGAAACAGAGAAGGAAAUGAUGGCUGAAAAUCAUAGAAAAUACAUGUUGCAACAGAUGGAGGAGAGAGAUGGACUGAUAGAGGAGUUAAAACGUCAGCACGAUAAUGAAAUCAGAGAAAAAAUGCGAGAAAGUGAGCAGGAGAAAGAAAGAGUUGUCGUGAAUCUCAAGAAAGAGAUGGAGCAAAGAGUGGAGGAGAAGGAGAAAGAGAUAGAGGAGAUCAAACAGAAUAUAAAAGAAAUGAAGGAACAAAAGGAAGAGAAAGAAAUUGAUCUUAUAAAUUACAUGAGAGAAAUGGAGAAAAAGUUGGGAGAAAAAGAAAAAGAAGUUGAGGCAAUGAAGGUGAAUGUUGAAGAAAUUAAUGAAAAGCUGCAACAAAAGGAGCAGGAAGUGAUGGAUCAUUUAAAUUACAAGAAAGAGAUGGAGCAAAGACUGGAGGAGAAGGAGAAAGAGAUAGAGGAGAUUAAAAUUAUUGUGAAAGAAAUGAAGGAACAAAAGGAAGAGAAAGAAAACAAUAAUUUAAAGUACAAGAAAGAGAUGGAGCAAAGGCUAGAGGCAAAGGAGAAGGAUACAGAAGUGAUGAGAGAACAUUUUAGAGAGCUUGAGCAACAAUGGCGGCAGACAGAAGAGCAAAGAGAGGGAGAUUACUUAAACCACAAGAAACAGAUGGAGCAAAAACUCCAAGAAAAAGAAAGAACGAUAGAGAAACUGAAUCAGCAUAUAAAGGAUAUCGACGAAAUCCUGCAGAGGAAAGAAGAAGAGAGGGGAGAAAUUAUUCUGAGUCAAAAGAAAGAGGCAGAGCAGCGGCUGCAGGACAGAGAACAAGAGAUGGAGGAGAUGAAAGUGCAGCUUUUAGACGAGACGGAGAGAAAACUAAAGGAAAAGGAAGCUGAGAUGAAAAGUGUGAGACAACAGGCCGACGAGACAGAGACGAGAUGGAGAGAGAAGGAGGAGAAAGGAGAGAAGGAGUUAAAGAGACUGUUAGAAAUCAUUGACGAGAAAACAAAUGAAAUAACACAAGUGCAGUGUCUUCUCGGAGAGAGAGAAAGUGAGAUUGACAAGGCGAAGGAGACAUGUGCAAACUACUUAGAAGAAAUUGAAGAGCUGAGAGAAAGCUGUAAAAACCAAACCGCAAGUAUUAUCAAUAUACAGCAGCAGGAGAGGAAAAAAGAGGCUGAGAUGAUGGAAAAACUUCAGGAGAAAGAUGAAGAACUGAGGCAGAGAGACAGAGAAAACGAGAAAGAGAUCGCCCAACUGAGGCUAACGAUGGAGCAGACCAAGUCGGAGCUCAAGGAGCUCACCGGCAGGAUGGAGAAGGAGAUGACGAGCAUGAUUCAGGAGUACGAAAAGGAGAUUGCGAGGAGGAACGAGAGCGCAGAAUCCAUCACGGAGGAGAGGGAUUGUGCAGUUAAUCGCUCAGAGGAAGUCACGGAGAAAUACGAGGAAAGUCGGAGGAGAGUUGAGGAGCUGCAGGAGCAAAACGAGAAGCUGAGGAAGGAGACAGAGAACCUCAAAAUAAUGUGCGAGGAGCUGAAGAAAGAGAGCGAAGAAGAAGUUAGGAAGCAUCUCAGGGGAUAUGAAGAGCAGGUGAGGAGCAUAGAGGGAGAGAUACAGAGUAUUCUUAAAGAGAGAGAGGUGGAGGUCGGGGGGUUGAAGGAGGCAAAUAAGACACUGCAAGUAGAGAUAGAAAGGAUGAAAGAGAGAGAAAGUGAUGCAGAAAGGAGGAUAAAUGAGAUGUAUUUCCAGAAAGAAAGAAUGAAUGAUGAGGAAAAAGAAGUAGGGGAAAGGGAGCAGGUUCUGAGUAGAAACGAAGAGGAGUUGAGGAAAAGAGGACAUGAGCUUGAUGCAAAAGAGGAAGAGCUUGUGGAAAAAGAGGUGAAGUUAGAAAGUAAGGAAAAAGAGCAGGAGACAAAGGAUAAAGAUGCGAGCAUGAGAGCGAAAAACAUCGAGAAAAGGGAAAGAGAGCUGGAGAGCUUGCUUCGAGCUCUGGAGGGCAAACAGAAAGAGCUGAACUGCCACGGUCAAGAUCUUCAGGAGAAGGUGAAAGGGCUGAGAGAUCAGGGGAAGGAGCUCAAAGACAGGGAGUAUUACUUGAGGAAUGAGGAGCAGGGGUUGCUCAACUGGAAGUCAGAGCUGCAGGUGCAAAACGAGCAGGUGAACUGGACAACGCAGCAGCUGGACGAGAUGGGGAGAGACUUGGCUCUGCUGAAGGAGGAACUUCACGCCAAGGAGAAGAAAUUAAAGGAGUCACUUAAGAAACUGAACAAAUGGGAGCAGAAUCUGAAAGAACGAGAGGAAAGGUUGCGCAAAAGCGACAACGGACAAUAUGAGGUUGAUGAUGAAGUGCACGAGAGGAAUUCUUUCGAUCUGACGGACGGGGUUGAGAGUUCAGAAGACGAGGUCAUUGAGAAAAGGGACAAGGGAAGAGGAAGAGAGUCAGAUAGAGGAGAUCAGAGGAUGGAAACAGCAUCGUCAGCUGCAGGGAGCAAUAACUGUCAUCUAGAAGAGAUAAAAACUGCUGAGGGAAAGGAAGAGACGAGAGGAAGAGAAGGGACGAGGAGGACAGAAGGUAGAGAGGAUCUGGAAAGGGCAAAGGUCGUUAGAGAUUUUGAGUUUUUAUCUGCAAGUCAGGGUCACAGGCGGUUAAACAACAAAGGCCGUACAGGGUCAGAUCUAAGGGUGGUGGUGUUAGGGGAGUCCUGGUCCUCUCGCUCCCCAGGAGGGGUCACCAUCCUGUGUGGAGAGGCCGCCAAACCCAACGGCUCUACCUGGAGAGGUCAGGUAGCCGGACGCCAACUAGCCGUUGCAGAACCGCUCGGUCUGAAGUGGCAAGACGGACCGGAUCGGAGCGACGCAAAGCAAAGCAAAAGCAUCCUGGACUGCGUCUCCUGGUGCCACCCGGGACCAGACGUGGUCCUCCUGCUCAUGCCGGCCUUCCUGACCUGCACGCAGCAGUACAAGAGAGCGGCGGAGGAGCACGUGAGUUUGCUCGGGGAAGACAUUUGGCGGCGCACGCUGGUGCUGUUCACGUGGGGGGAGAUGUUGGGGGAGAGAGCAGAGCAGCACAUCCUGAGGAACGGGGAGCUGCUGGGGCUGGUGGGGAGGUGCGGGGGCAGGUAUCACGUGCUCAGCAGCAAGAGGAGCAACUCUGUGAUUGAGGGAUUGUUUGAGAAGAUGGAGGAUAUCGUAGCUUUGAACAGCUAGGAUGAGACUGUGUAAAAAAUAUAAUCUAAAAACUGUUUUUUUCAUCUUGUUUGAAUACUUUUGAAUAAAGUAAAUAGGUGAAUGAAGUAAUCUGAUUUUCUAUUUAUUGUUGUCAAAUUAUACAGUUUUAAGUUCACACUUAAGUCCAAAAUAUACAUUUUCCUCUUUGCAGUAGUUUCAAACUGGUUUGUUAAGGAGUGAGUUGCCAAAUGUUUUAGAUAUGCACCUUAGAAAUGUCUGCCUUCUCUUGCAUAUAAUGGAACUCAAUUUGCACUCAGCUUGUGGUGUUUAAACCAUAAAAUAAAAAUACCAAGGUCUGUUUCCUGAAAUCAUGACCCAAUUACUCGAAAUAAUGUGCAAACCUUGUUGUGAGCCAUUUAACUCUCUGAACAUACUGUAUGUUUUCUUAAAAAGAUUGCCAAAAAUACACAGAUCAUCACAGAAAGAAACUGUAAAAGCAGGCAUUAUUGUUGUAAUUACGGCUGGGCGAUAUGGACCAAAAGUCAAAUCCGGAUAUGUUUAGGCUGAAUAUCAAUACGAAAUAUAUCUCAAUAUUUUUAUCGCAAAAUGACAGCAAAUGUUCAGUCACAGUCAAAUAGGACAUGUCACCAGUAAUUUUACUGAAACUGUUUAUUUAAGUGAACAUAAAUACUGUAUAACAUCAGGAGUACCUUUUUAAAAAAAUCAAAGCUCCAUAAAGUGCACAUUUAAAUAAAAAAAUAUCUUAAAUAAAAUAGCCUAUGAAAUAAAAUAGGGUAAUCUUUUUCUGAAAUGAAUAUAUUUA